AUGAAGCCAAAGGCAUGGGUAUACAGAUUCCCAAUACCCCAACGAUAUCGUAACGUCAUCGGGUCUAUCUUCGAGUUGGUUAUGACGGAGAGCGAGUAUUACGAACUAGCCGACCCCUUGUUGAGUGGACUCACCGCCCCGGAAAUCUCUUUGAUAGCGCACCUGCUCGGAGUCACAGAACAAUUCCUCUACGCCAGCAGAUAUCUGAAUCCGCUCAGGGAGCAGGACCCUUUCAUGGUCUACUUUGAGCCACUAAUCAAGAAGGGACUGCAAGUCUUAAUUCUUGGUAACGAUAUUCUGGAUUUAAUGGAGAGAAUCCAGCGUCCGGCAACGUACUGGGGC